AUGGCCGACUUACAGGAGGCGCGAGAACAGUUGUUGGAAGUUCUCGGUGAUUUAUCUUCAAAAUACUGGACAACAUUGUCGCUUUGGUACAAGAAGAAGCUUUCUAAGGAGGAAUUUGACAUCCAGAUUAAGCAACUUUUGGGAGAGGGCAGUAUUAAUGUACAUAAUCGAUUUUUGUACGCGCUUCUGUCAAAAUGUCAGGAAAUGUGUUUAAACUCGGGCACACUAAGUAAGAACGUGUCGCGUCCAUCUGCAGCUUCUAUAGCAAGUCAGAGGAACACUGAACAACUAAGGAAGCAUGUAAGACCGGCGAAAGUAAGCUUUGAACAAAGAUUUCAUCCCUACAAUGUACUAGAAGGAGCUGAUAGUGUGGGUAAAGUUGUUUUGACGGAUGACAGCGAGAUAAACUUAUGUUCUUAUGAGUUUACACUGCCCGAUGUGCAGGCUAUGAAUGGUCGGUUAUUCCUAGCAGCCUGGGAUGCAGGCUUAGAGUCUGUUGAAGACACUGGUUCAAAUGCGGCUAAGUUAGUAAUAUCUGCAGUGAAGCAUCAUAUCAAGGAUAUUUUGACAGCCUGCUGUUCCCGUAAAGGUGGCUUCAGGUUAAGAGAUGGACAUUAUAAAUAUGGCCUAGAUACAAGUUAUGUUAAGCCGAAUAUUUGGAACAGUUUAGAUUCAUACUCUUCUCAUUCAAUUCUCAUACACCAAGGACGGACAGAACAAACAGAAGCGGAUGCUGCAGUCACUGUGGCCAGCAGCUGCCCUCCAUCUACACAGGCCUCAAUAUCUAUGUAUGAACUAAGAGAGGUGUUGCAAGUGCAUUGCAGAGUUAUACCAUCACAUACUGUGUUCGCUGCAAAUAUGGAGAGAAUAUUAAGUCGAUUGUGGCACCCUAGUCAUGAUGAAAUAGAACAAGGCAGAUUACACAAGUUGGAAGCCAAGCGCAGACAAAGUAAACUUCGGCAACAAAGAAGCUUAAGAUUAUGA